AUGCGCGGCCGAGGGAACGCGCGCAGCUCGCUGGUCCAGGCAGUGAGCUUGCGCCUGUCGACCUGGCACCCGUGCCUGGAUAUGGGGCAUCUACAUCGUCCCAGAAGCAGCACCAGCCACAGGAACCUGCCGCAGGUUUUUCUGCUUUUCCUCUUCGUGGGACCGUUCAACUGCCUGGCGAGUUACAGCCGUGCCACCGAGCUUCUGUACAGUCUAAAUGAGGGACUGCCCGCGGGCGUGCUCAUAGGCAGCCUGGCCGAAGACCUAAGGCUGCUGCCCCGGGCUUCUGGGAGGCAGAGCCAGCAGUUGCUGCACCCUGAGCGCACGGCCACGGAGGGGAACCCCCCUCUCUCUUUCAGCUUGGCCUCUGGAGGACUGAGUGGCCAGUAUGUGACCCUAGACAACCGCUCUGGGGAGCUGCACACUUCUGCACAGGAGAUCGACAGAGAAGCACUGUGUCUCGAUGGGGGCGGAGGGGCUGCCUGGGGCGGCAGUACCUCCAUAGCCUCCUCUCCUUCCUCUGACUCUUGCCUUUUGCUUCUGGAUGUACUGGUCCUGCCUCAGGAAUAUUUUAGGUUUGUGAAGGUGAAAAUUGCCAUCAGGGAUAUCAAUGACAAUGCUCCACAGUUCCCAAUUUCUGAAAUCUCGGUUUGGGUCCCGGAAAAUUCACCUGUAAACACCCGAUUGGCAAUAGAGCACCCGGCCGUGGACCCUGAUGUCGGCAUUAAUGGGGUGCAAACCUAUCGUUUACUGGACUACCAUGGCACGUUUACCCUGGACGUGGAGGAGAAUGAGAAUGGGGAACGAACCCCCUACCUGAUUGUCAUGGGUGCUUUGGACAGAGAAACCCAGGACCAGUAUGUGAGCAUCAUCAUAGCUGAAGAUGGUGGGUCUCCACCACUGCUGGGCAGUGCCACUCUCACCAUUGGCAUAAGUGAUAUUAAUGACAACUGUCCUGUCUUUAUAGACUCACAAAUUAAUGUCACCGUUUAUGGAAAUGCUACAGUGGGCACCCCCAUUGCAACUGUCCAGGCUGUAGACAGAGACUUGGGGACCAAUGCACAGAUUGCAUAUAGUUACAGCCAGAAAGUUCCACAAGAAUCCAAGGAUUUAUUCCACCUGGAUGAGACUACUGGAGUCAUUACGCUUUUCAGUAAGAUUGGUGGGAAUGUUCUACAGACACACAAGCUCACCAUCCUUGCUAAUGGACCAGGCUGUAUCCCUGCAGUGAUCACUGCUCUUGUGUCCAUCAUUAAAGUCGUUUUCAGACCCCCAGAAAUUGUCCCACGAUAUAUUGCAAAUGAGAAGGAUGGGGUUGUAUAUCUGAAAGAACUGGAGCCUGUUAACACUCCAAUUGCAUUUUUCACCAUAAGAGAUCCAGAAGGUAAAUACAAGAUUAACUGCUACCUGGACGGUGAAGGGCCAUUUAGGCUAGCACCCUACAAGCCGUACAGCAAUGAAUAUUUGUUGGAGACCACAAAACCUAUGGACUAUGAGCAGCAGCAAUUCUAUGAAAUAGCUGUUGUGGCCUGGAACUCAGAAGGGUUUCACGACAAGAGAAUCAUUAAAGUACAACUUUUAGACGACAAUGACAAUGCUCCUGUUUUCCUUCAACCUUUGAUAGAACUGACUAUUGAAGAAAACAAUGCACCCAAUGCCUUUCUAACGAAGCUCUAUGCUACAGAUGCAGAUAGUGGAGAGAGGGGUCAAGUUUCCUAUUUCCUGGGACCAGAUGCACCAUCAUAUUUUUCCUUAGACAAUGUCACAGGGAUUCUGACAGUUUCUACUCAGCUGGACAGAGAAGAGAAAGAAAAGUAUAGGUACACUGUCCGUGCUGUGGACUGUGGGAAGCCACCCAGAGAAUCCGUGGCUACAGUGGCUCUCACUGUGUUGGAUAAAAAUGACAACAGUCCUAGAUUCAUCAACAAGGACUUCAGCUUUUUUGUGCCAGAAAACUUUCCAGGAUAUGGUGAAAUUGGAGUCAUUAGUGUAACCGAUGCUGACGCUGGGAGGAAUGGAUGGGUAGCCCUCUCAGUGGUAAACCAGAGUGACAUUUUUGUCAUAGAUACAGGCAAGGGCAUGCUGAGAGCUAAAGUGUCUUUAGACAGAGAGCAGCAAAGCUCCUACACUCUGUGGGUGGAAGCUGUUGAUGGGGGUGAGCCUGCCCUUUCUUCUACCACAAAAAUCACGAUUCUCCUUCUGGACAUCAAUGAUAACCCUCCCCUUGUCUUAUUUCCUCAAUCGAAUAUGUCUUAUUUGUUGGUCCUACCCUCUACUCUCCCUGGCUCACCAGUAACAGAGGUUUAUGCUGUUGACAAAGACACUGGCAUGAAUGCUGUCAUAGCUUACAGCAUCAUAGGGAGAAGAGGUCCCCGGCCUGAGUCCUUCAGGAUUGACCCUAAAACUGGCAACAUAACUCUUGAAGAAGCUUUGCUGCAGACGGACUAUGGACUGCAUCGCUUGCUGGUAAAAGUGAGUGACCAUGGCUACCCUGAACCUCUGCAUUCCACUGUCAUGGUGAACCUAUUUGUCAAUGACACUGUCAGUAAUGAGAGCUAUAUUGAGAGUCUCUUAAGAAAAGAACCAGAGAUUAAUAUAGAAGAGAAAGAACCACAAAUCUCAAUAGAACCAACUCAUAGGAAGGUAGAAUCUGUGUCCUGUAUGCCCACAUUAGUAGCUCUGUCUGUCAUAAGCCUGGGCUCCAUCACACUAGUCACAGGGAUGGGGAUAUAUAUCUGCUUACGGAGAGGUAAAAAGCAUCCCAGGGAAAAUGAAAAUUUGGAAGUACAAAUUCCACUGAAAGGAACAAUUGACUUGUGUAUGAGAGAGAGAAAACCAAUGGAUAUUUCUAAUAUUUGA